UGGGCUCCGUGAAGAGGGAAAUUUGCCUUUCAUAUAUUCUUGUUAAAGGACAGUAGGUAAAUAAGCGUAGGGUGCGGCGCCAAGUCUGGAAUUUUAAUCAAGGUUUACAGUUACGAAGGAAUAAACGCCACUCAGCAGGAGUGCAGCAUAGAAACGUUUUACCUCAGUAAAACACUGAAGCCAAAGGGAAGGAAGGGCAAGUCUGGCCCUCAAUUCUGGUCCUGGGGAGGGCAGACGUGGGCUGGGGCCGGCGAGGCCAAUCAGCGGGUGGACGGCCUGGUAGCCAGUGGCGGCGGAGGGCUCAGUCUCCGCCCAGCUGCGUCUCAGUCGGUCGCGGUGUCGCUAGCUGGGCGCAGGGUGAGAGCCAGGUGAGCACCCUCGGGGCGGGGACGAAGCGGGGACCGCACCCGCACACCCGCACACCCGCACUGGACUGGAGCGUGCUGGACGGACUGCUAACUGCUUCGACCCGGGGGACCACAGCCCACGCCGAGGGAAGGACUCCCGACGCAGGCGCUUGCAGCCAUGACUGCUAAGGACUGCCCAUCAUUGUGGGGCUUUGGAACAACAAAGACAUUUAAAAUUCCCGUUGAGCAUUUGGAUUUCAAGUAUAUUGAAAAAUGUUCAGACGUGAAACACCUGGAAAAAAUUCUUUGUGUGCUGAGGUCCGGUGAAGAAGGCUACUAUCCUGAACUCAUGGAAUUUUGUGAAAAGCGCCUCAUGGGCUUGGCUCCUGAAAGUCGAGCUCUGAGGAAAGACAAGCCUGCAGCAACCGCGUCCAGCUUUACAGCAGAGGAGUGGGAAAGAAUCGACAGCGAUAUAAAGAGUUGGGUGUCCGAAAUCAAAAGAGAGGAAAACACAAGGCACUUCCAUGACCCCGAAACACAACCGGGAGGGGAAGAUCAUUUGCCUCCAGUUCGUGGCUCUGACAGCUGCCCUCACAGAGGCAAGGAAACAUAUUCUAGAAGUAAGCCAGUUAAGAAGAAAAUUCCAAGGGCUUAUGCAGAGUGGGAUAAAUUUGAUGUGGAAAAGGAAUGUUCAAAAAUUGAUGAAGAUUACAAAGAAAAGACUGUAGUAAACAACAGGGCUCAUUUGUCUAAAAUUGAGACAAAAAUAGACACAGCAGGUCUGACUGAGAAGGAGAAGAGUUUUCUUGCCAGUCGUGAAAAGGGGAAAGGAAAUGAGGCGUUCUACGCGGGGGAUUAUGAAGAGGCCGUGAUGUAUUACACCAGGAGCUUAUCAGCCCUUCCCACCGUGUCCGCCUACAACAACCGAGCGCAGGCGGAAAUCAAGUUACAGCGAUGGAGCGGUGCGCUCCAGGACUGUGAAAAGGCCUUGGAGCUAGAGCCCGGAAACGUAAAAGCCCUGCUGAGACGGGCCACGGUGUACAGACAUCAGAACAGGCUGCAGGAGGCCAGGGAAGACCUGAGGGACGUGCUGCGUGUGGAGCCUCAUAACGAUCUGGCCAAGAAAACCUUGUCAGAGGUUGAAAGCGAUCUGAAGGAAACCGAGUCUGCCUCUGAGCCCCAAACCAAAGGGAAAAAGAUGGUUAUCGAGGAAGUCGAGAACUCUGGAGACGAAAGUGAAAAGGGAACCGGAAAUAAAUGUGAAGAGGGUGGUGUGGAUACGGCGGCGGCCAGCGCCAUGGGCAACAUCCAGAAGAAGCUGAUGGGCCGGAGCCAGGGCAGCAGGCGGUCGCGGCGGGGCCGGACCCCGGCGCCCCGAGCCGAGCAGCCGGGAGGUCUGCAGGAGACAGAGACGGCGGGUAGCGCCGACAGCCCGCGCCCCGGGGAGCCCCGAGCCGCCGACGGUCCCUGUGGCCUCAAGAGCCGCGGCAACCAGCUGUUCCGCGGCGGGCAGUUCGCCGAGGCGGCAGCGCAGUACUCGGCGGCGAUAGCGCAGCUGGAACCUGCAGGAAAUGCAAGUGUGGAUGAGCUAAGCAUCUUGUAUUCAAACAGAGCAGCCUGCUACCUCAAAGAAGGGAACUGCAGCGGCUGCAUCCAGGAUUGUAACAGGGCUCUGGAACUUUGUUCAUUCUCAGUGAAGCCUCUUCUGCGACGAGCAGUGGCCUAUGAAACCUUAGAGCAAUAUGGGAAAGCUUACGUGGAUUAUAAAACAGUGCUGCAGAUAGAUUCUGGAAUCCAGCUGGCAAGCAGCAGCAUUAACAGGAUAACAAAACUCUUAAUGGAGCGAGAUGGACCAGAGUGGCGGGAGAACCUGCCGCCUGUGCCAGUUGUACCCACGGCCGACCCACUGCGAGUCUGGCGUCCUGCUGCAGAGACCCCAGACCAAGAGCCACCUCCCAGUGGCUGCCCGCCAGGCAUCACAGAUGAAAAAAUGUUUCAAAUCGUUAAAGAAGAAGGAAAUCAACUUGUAAAGGACAAAAACUAUAAAGAUGCCAUUAGUAAAUACAGCGAAUGCUUAAAAAUUAACAGCAAGGAGUGUGCCAUAUAUACAAACAGAGCGCUCUGUUACUUGAAGCUGGGCCAGUUUGAAGAGGCAAAGCUGGACUGUGACCAGGCGCUUCAGAUAGACGGAGCGAAUGUGAAAGCCUGUUACAGACUAGCGCUCGCCCAGAAAGGACUCGAGAACUGCCGGGAAAGCCUAGCUGACUCCCGUCAACACCCAGACAUGGAGGCAAAGACGGAGCUGCACGAGGCAACCAGGCACCUUGACGCUAAGGAUGGUGCAGCGCCUCCCAGCAAAGGAAGGGAGAGGAAGAGAAUCGAAGUCCAAGAGGUUAACGAAAGCAGCGAUGAGGAGUAUGAGAGGCCUGCAGAGGCCCCUGCCGCCUCCCUGCCCGCCAACGAGGGAGUUGGAGAUGGAGAGUCUGUAGAACGCUCUGGAAAAGUUGAGGUCUCCAAGCCUAGGAACGCCUAUGAGUUCGGACAGGUCCUAAACACUAUCUGCACUGAGAAAGACACAGAGGCCUGUGCACACCUUCUGGCCCUCACUGCACCCAGAGAUCUGCCAGUGUUGCUAAGUAACAAACUGGAAGGGGACAUGUUGCUGCUCCUCCUUCAGUCACUCAAGAGUCACCUUGUGGCUGAGGACCCCUCGCUGGUGUAUGAGCAUCUCCUGUAUCUGAGCCGAGCAGAGAGGUUUGAGAUGACCCUGACACUAAUUAACAAAGGCCAAAAGGAGCAGACGGCGCAGCUGCUUGAGAGCCUGUCGCAGGCCCGGGCCCAGCGCUUCACUGCCGAGGACGUGGAAGCCCUAAGAAGGAAGUACUUGCUUUAACGUGGGGAUGCUGACUUCCCGGCGCUCCGAGCCAGCAUGGCGCAGAGACCCACGGGUAAAGCUACACCCAGAAGGACCCUGUUGGACUGCUGGACAUUGUACUUAUUUUUAUAUCCAGAAUAUAUAUAUAUAUUCCACAAUCUGGUUUUUAUUUGUUGUAAAUAUUAUCUUCUUUAGACAACACCUUUAUAUUUAAUAACUAUAUUCAGAACUUGGCAAAUUACAUUCUGAUUUAUAGUACAUAUUUUCUUUUGAUGAUAUACCAGUAAAAAACUUAAAUUACACUUCUUUGCCUGGGCAGUUCCUUCAGAUUUGAUAGGAAUGAAUGUCUUUAGUUCUUUAAAAGUAAAUGUUAACAGUGAUGAUUCUACCACUUUCUGUCCCACUCAGAUAUGCACAAUAUCCAUGUUAGAGUAGUGGCUUAUUGUCAGUUGAGAUGAAAUACAACACAUGUCUAUAAGAUCAUUAUUAGUUUAUUAAUUUAGAGCCACAAGGAACUUAUUUUUUCUAAUUUGAAAAUAAACAUUGCCUAAUAAAAAGAAAAAUUGCCAAAAUUCCAAUCAUUUUUUACUAUGUGACUUUCCCUAUAUAUAUGACCUGUAAGCAAUAAAACUGCAUGAAAUAAAUUUAGCCUGCAUUUGCAUUGGAA